UGGUUUACUGAGGUCUAAUAACUCACCAGCCACAAACUCUGGAUUAAGUACAGGGAAUAUACAUGAUCAGCAGUAUGCAUCAUUCAGAACUGAUCUUAACGGAACAAUAACAGACAAAACUGGUUCUCUUUGCUCAGCAAAUGGGAGCUCAUUUCAUAAAGUUACCGGAGAUUCUGCGACUACAAAGCGACCAUUUUUCAUCAAUACUGUGAAUGGACAUAAUUUUCGGAUAAAUCAAUGUGAUCAAGAGAUAGCCACUAAUUCCAGUGAGGUUAAUACAUCAUUCAAAUCAAGCACACCACAUGGAGUAGUCAAUCCUGUCAAUGAUCAGGAUGAACCCAUUGGGACAAAACUGACCACAAGUGAGGACUUAUCUGAUUUGGAUUAUGAUAACAAUUUCGACCAGUCAGAUGAAUUGACACUCGAGCCUAUUCGUAUAGGUAACAAUGUAGGAUCGCCAACAUCUCCUACCCCUUCGUUACGUGUCUAUGAUCAACUCCUCCCAGGGGUAGAGUCUGACUCUAGUAUGAGUCACCAUAGGUUAAAUCGAUACAGCGGUGGGGGUUAUAACACCCAGCCACGCCUACUAGGUAUGCAUAGUCCCACAUCAAGUUCCUACACCCCUUCUGGUUCUUCAAGUGCAUUUACACCAUCUCCAGGCACUUAUGCUACUUCCUCUGCAGGCUCAUACAAGUCUUCAGCAAGUGUAUUGACACCAACAUCACGUUCAUACAACCCUUCUUCAUCAAAUGUCUACAGCCCAUCAUUAAGUUCAUACAGAUCACCUACGGGCACACAUGGUAAAAUAUCCACUAUUAACAUUCCGAAAACUAAUGUCGACAAGCACAAAAAUGAAAUCAGACGUGUUAUCCACUCUCCAAGUCCCCAGGGUAAAUCCCUGGGAAAUGUAACUGCAAUAACGAAAAGAUUUUCAGAGCCGAGGACAUAUGAAGGUUUGUCAAGCCACGGGUCACCAAGACUUACUUAUAUCAGAAAACUUGAUGACCCAGGAUCAACACCACACAGGCAGCCUUCUAGUAGUUUCUCCUCGGGAACAUACAAAACACAUGAUAGUGCUCAAUUGAAUAACAAUUCGCCAUAUUUAAGUUCAGGGGUGAAUAAAUAUUCUGGAGUGAAUAAAUACUCAUCUCCUAUUGGACAAUCAUAUUUAAGCAAGCCCAGUGAUCCACCAAGGUCACACUCACCUUAUGAUAACAUCCCAUCAAGCUCAGCUUCAAACAAUCAUCAUGAUCCAACUUUGAUAUCAAACCAACCACGUCUUGUCCAUCUGCGCUCUUCAGUACGCACAACAAGCCCAGCUAGAUCAAAUCUUAAAUCUAACGAGCGUGAAAAGUUCAUGUUAUCUACAGCAGAUCCAGUGACAUUCCCAAGUACAUCACCUGACACCACCAGUAUUCCCGCAAUGACUUCAAGCAUGGCUGAGACUGGGACUCCAAAGCUUGUUCAUAUUCAACGAUCCUCCAGCGAUCCAGUCCCCGAUCAACACCUUUUGAACAUAACCACAGAAUCAAAGGCUAAAAAGCCACAGUUGUUGAUAGUAAAGACUGAGAGCAAGGCUAGUGGUAAUGCAGAGAAGACCAAAAAGAAUGCACAAACAAAAUCAGAUUACAUAAGUAGCAACACUGACCUUCUGAAGUUAGCCGAGGAUAAGACUGAUACUUUAACAAAGAGUAGAUGGGGGAGAAUGAAAAGUGCAAUGAAACUAAAGCAACUUGAUACCAAGACCCCCAGACAGGAUAAAAGCCCUAAAAGAGACAAAAGCCCAAACCAAAGCAAAAUUGAAUCACCCAGUGGAAAAACAGAAAAUGAAGAAAAAACAGGCAAACAAAAGCAGGACAGCUUUCAGAAAAAGGAAAAAAUUCAAAUGAGGACAAAAAGUUUAGAUUCUUAUAAAAUGAAACCAAAGGGUACAACUCAGCCUAUCAGUAUUAAAUCUCUAGAGAAUGAGACUUCCCAACAAAUACCAAAGAAACUUGCAGCUGUUUCAGACAAACCCUCAAAAUCAGCCUGGGGUAGUUUAGUAAAACUUGUUGUUGCAAAACAUAAGCAGAGUAAAGAUGAUCAGAAAACUACAAAAUCUGAUUCUGAACUUUCGAAUAAAAUCAAGUGUGAUGAUACAACUGAGAAAAAUGUGAAGAAUGUUUUGAAGAAAUCACAGUCAGUUAAAAAUGUGAAUAAAGGAUCUCAGAGAGUGGACAUUCCAUUGCACACUACCACAAUUGAUUCAAAACUUGCAGCAGAAACUGAGACAAGCCAUACUAAAAAAGUCAAAACACUUGGUAAUUGUAAACCAAAAUCACCAAAUGAAAAACAUUCGAAGAGAACUCCAAGUGGCUUUCGUUAUAACAGAAUUGAACGUUCUGAUUCAACAUCUUCGACUUCCUCCAUAGAUGAAGUAUCUCCUACUAAAACUAAACCUGUACAUUUUCGGAGGAGAUCAAUUUCUUCAUCGUCAUUGUCGGAUUCUAGCAGUGGUUCCGGUUCAGUGAAAAGUGUUAGAGUUAAUCCAAAAUCUGUUGGAAAAUAUACCAAAUUAAAUACGCAAAAUUCGCCAUUCUCAAAAGGAGGCUGGGCGAAAGUGAAAACCGCAAUGAAAAAAUCUGAUAGCAAGCAUAAGCAAGAUGCUCUGAUAAAAGCAAAACACCCAAGUGUAAUAGGCGACACUAUAGAAAGUUUACCUAAAGGUAAUAGAAAAGAAAUCAGUGAUAGUCAAAAUAAACAAAAUGAGAUAAGUAAAGUAAAUCAGGAGAAGCAACAGCUAAGCGUAGAUUCACAAGGGAGUGAACAUGAAAAUAAUGAGAGUUUAUCAACUCCGGAGCAGAAUACAGCUGUAGAUUGUGAUAAGGUACCCAUAAAUAAAUCACGUUUAAAUCAAGGUGCUGUGAAACGAAUGGAUUCCCUCAAGGUUGAAACUCCACGUAACAACGACAUCUCUGACACUAAUGAGCCUAUAUCUGGACAAAGUUCCGCAGAUGAGAGCUGUCUGUCAUCGCCAUCGCCAAAACCUGACAUUCCGAAAAACCGCAAAAAAGCGAAGAAAACAAAAUCAUAUUGGUCUUCAUUACGUAACUCUAUUCCAACUGAGAAUCAGAAUUCUGAGGAUAAUUCAAACUUAAAUAAUGGAAAAACAGAAAUGACGACUAGGGGUUCAGGCUCCAUGUUGAGUGAUUCUAACAUAAAAGGGUUGGGAUUUUAUGGGGACUUACCUGCCAAGGAAAUAGGCGUAUUGGAAUAUCUCCAGAAUUAUAAAGAUAGAAUUGAGAAGCAGAUACAAGAGACACAGGCUGUUUUGAAACAAUACGAUGCUGCAUCACCGACUCAGAUCACCUUGACACCACCUAUCGAGUCUCCUCACCCAGAAAAGAGGGCAGCACCACAGUCGUCAUACAGACGGACACCAUCUGAUUCGCUUACUUUAGAACCACCUCCAGAAUACAAGAGAAGUUCGUCCCUUCCCACAGCUUC